AUGAUGGCCGGCAAGUCGCAGGCGGGCCUGGAGCCUGGUCACCCGCUCGUGACACCUCCUGACCCGACCGGCUCCAACUCCCCGCCUUCUAAGAGAGACUUGGCCUCGUGGUGGAGGCAGUUCAAACGAAAUACAAGAAAAGACGAUGUCAAAGAGCAACCGCGAGGUAUCUUCGGCGUCCCCCUCAAUGUCAGCAUCAAAUAUGCAAAUGUUGCUAUCUCUCUUACUGGCGAAAAUGGAAAAAGUCAUAUCUACGGAUAUGUCCCUAUUGUCGUGGCCAAGUGCGGUGUCUUUUUGAAAGAUCGAGCGACGGAUGUGGAAGGAAUUUUCCGUCUCAGCGGAUCAGCGAAGCGCAUCAAAGACUUGCAGGAGAUCUUCGAUUCCCCCGAACGGUAUGGAAAAGGCUUGGACUGGUCGGGAUACACCGUGCACGACGCCGCCAAUGUUCUUCGUCGGUACUUGAAUCAACUGCCCGAGCCCAUCGUUCCCCUAGAAUUCUACGAGCGCUUUCGCGAACCCCUGCGCGUCUACCAACGACAGGCGCAGGACCAAAUCGAGCCGCUCGAAGCCACUCAGUUCGACCACGCUAAGGCGGUAGAGACCUACCAGCGCCUCAUCGUAGAGCUUCCUCCCUUGAACAAGCAAUUGCUCCUCUACAUCUUGGAUCUUCUGGCCGUCUUUGCUUCCAAGUCGGAUCAGAACCGAAUGACCUCCGCCAAUCUCUCCGCGAUCUUCCAACCGGGACUACUGUCUCACCCCCAACACGACAUGUCGCCUGAAGAGUACAAGUUGAGUCAGGACGUUCUGAUUUUCCUCAUUGAAAACCAAGAUCACUUCUUGGUCGGCAUGAGUGGCACCACGCCAGAUGAACAACAAGUCAAGGAAGUCGAAGCUGGCUUCCAGCCUGCCGCUGCCUCCAAAGCGGAGGGUGGCCUGGGACAACGCCCCUCAACUGCUUCGAACAUUCGGCGGUCCGUCUCGAACGCGAGCGCCAGCAACGACAGCCACCGUAGGGUCGAUGGCCUUCGACGUAACGUUUCCGUAUCUUCGCGUAACUCGCGCAAUUCACGCCAGUCAAGCAACGCCCCCAGUCCUAGCACACCUACGUCCGUCUCGGGAGGAGGUGUGCAUCGCAGCAACACCGUUCCCUCUAAAAUGGGGCCGGUUGUAGCUCAAGCUCGCUACGCUCGCGCCGCAGAACGUGCCACGCAAAAUCCGUCGAACCUCUCCAUCUCCCAUCAAAGUUCCCGGUCACCAAGCGCCGCGCCAUCGCCCCGUGAGGAAAUCGGGCCGCAACAAGCCGGCUCCACGUCUUCUGUUGCGAGUGUUGGUUCUGGUACUACUUAUGUUCAUACCUCUACUCACGGCCCUAUACCGCUGGCUGCCGCUGAAAAAUUGAACAUAAUCGACCGCGCAACACCUCUGCCCACCUACCAAGCGCAAAGCUCACCCAGGAGUCCGCUACCCGCAGGACCUACCUCACAGAGCAUCCCGCUUCAGGGUCUGACAAAUUCUUUCUCCCCACCUCCCCAGGUCGUUACGCCCACGCGCGAGCGUAAGCUGGCUAGUUUCUUCACAAAAUCUCCGCCCCCGGACGGGGAAACUCGACAGCCUAAUCGUCUGAGAAAGAAACGCAUCCCCGGCAGUGCCAGUAUCAGCGCGCAGAGCUCGACCAACUCUCUUGAUCCACAUUGGGAUUCAUCUCAAGAGACGGCCACGUCGCAGAAGUCCAUGGAUGUAGGUGACACGACUCCGAAGCCGCCAAGUACCGCCACCUUGGGCAACCGCGAUGCGCCCUUUGAAUCGACACCUACAGUUGGGGAUUCCUCGUCACAACCGCACACUGAUAGCUCCCUGAAACCUCAUCGGUCGCGCACACCGUCCAUGAACUCUCGGUCAUCGUUUACUGAUCAUUCAGACCUGGAUCAGCCCGAAGAAGGACCUCGCUUUGAGUAUAGAGACAAUCGUCGCAGCUGGCGGUUCCAUAGGACUGCGAAACGCAGCAAUGAGCAGAUGGGAUUGGGGUUGGCCUCGCCUCCAUUGCUUGCCGUGGACUCCGGGACCGAAAUGAGCAACACCUCACUGGGCAGUGGAUCACACCAAAGCUUUGAUCCUACCAGUCAGCCAUUGGCACUGGAUGCGGGCGUCCAGAGCAACUCGGUCCAAAGCGGUGAGCCCGAGAAGAGAAGCCUAUUUGGCAAGUUCAAGGCGAAGAUGCAACAAGUCGUGAAGGAUGAGCGUGAACGUGCAAAGAGCCCAGCCGAGUCAGAACCAGAUUCGAUUGCGGCACAUCAGUCACCGCAAUCGCGCUCUUCCCAGACAAAUGGCAAUUCUUCCGUCGAAGUGCCUACAGAUCAGCAUAGGGAGGGGUUAGCAAGGCCGCCCACGUCUCCUACUCCAGCAGCUGGGUUUCCAUCAGCCAUCCCGGAAGAACCACAUAGCCCCAAGGUUCCCUUGGCUGUGACCGAGGAAUCAAAACACGUGCCAGCACCUGGGCAAACAGUAUCCCGCGAAUUGUCCACUGCGCCUAUGGACACGGCUGUGCCAGCCGACCCCUCAAAAGCCUAA